GGUCGAAGCAAAACCUUGAGAAAACGAGAGAGUGGGCCCCGAUUCCGUUCUCGCAUGUUGUUCGUUCCAUUCAUCCUUCUCCGUUGUCGUCUUUUUUGCUAAUUGAGCUUUUGGAUUGGACCCUAAUAUACAUAUGAAUGGAACUGGUUCAAUUCCGAUAUCACUCAUUGAGGGAGAUGGGACGGAUUGGCAUGGAUGACGCAAACUCUUUCAAUUCCUUCUUGCCCGACCCAAUGUUUUUUCCAGUUUCCGUAGUAAGGAAGAAGAUCGGCCCGGCCCACGUUUUAGACCUUAAAGCGACAUCUAGUUCAAGCUAUCAUCCAAAAAGUGACAAAAGACUCCACUGAACACUAUUUUUAAGGGCCCUCUUUUACAUGGCAAUGCUUCCGUUCAUCCGUCUAUUCUUCUUGCUUCACAUCACUCGGUAUUCUUUUUUUUUCGAGCCAUUUCUUCUCGAUCCUGAGACAAGAAUCCAGCCCAUAAUCGCUGGCGGGAGAACUGUUCCACUUUCUCGGGCCCGAAACCCACCCCGAAAAAAGUGAGCAGAGUCAGAAAAAAACGCUCCAGCGUUGCGGUUCAUUCGCGCUCGACGAAAGGACCGGACUCGACUUAUCAGUCAGUGGAUCUGGGCGAGCGUAUCAAAAAGCCAUCAUUGCUAAUGCAUUGGUCGGUGGGAAACAACCGGGCUUCGUCGGGACCAACAGAUCAAGUGAUCCAUUUCCUCGAUUAAAGUGUGGUGUUCCAAGUCCAAGACUCAGUGAUUGCAUUAGGUCUCGAUGGAGUGGGUGGUGUUAUGGGUAAUGGGACUUUUGCUCUCAAAUGCCCAGGAGGGAUGGGGAAGAGAGGGUUCCGUGGGCUUCUCGAGUUCGAUGAGAUGGGGCCAAGACAGAUCCAUCUUGCGAUUUUGUAAUUGCCCCUUUGAUUGCCUCUCCAACGACGGGCAAAUCUAUCACAACAUCUCACUCUCGAUUGAGGAACUGUUGACCAUGCCGCGAAACCAAAGCACCAACGCGGCCUUACGGGACAAAUGUAUGAAAAAGUUCGACCACGCCCUUCGUCAACUCGGUGACCAUCGAGUCCCGGCCCUGAAUACCACACCCACGAGACCACUCACCCCGUUGGUCACUCCCGUGGCCCAUCCCACGCCUAGAUCCCCGCCUCAAAUUCACCCGAAUCUUCACAUGGCCCAAGUGCUCACCACUCUGAUUGAGGUCCUGAUCUACAUGGCCAUCGGUCUAACUUUGGUGUUCAUGUUAGCCCUUCCAUUCUUGAGAACAAAACAAAUUCCCUCUCCGUCUGAGCACGUCUUCGAACCCCGAUCCUCACGAUUUUUGACAGCCGAGAGCUUGCCAAUUCACGAGCAUUCAUCCGCUCGUUCAUCUUCAUCAUCAUCCUUUUCCUCUGCGUCAUCUUCGUCCUCGGCGGCUCCUGUUCCUACAUCUUCCUCCUCUUCUUUCCCAACUUGGAGGACCAGGGUGGGUGCUCAUCAUGUUCAUUGUGGUGGCACACUGGUUGGAUCGUCCUCGACAGCCUCGCAAGUGAUAAUUCAUCUCCCAUCGAUAUUUGAGGAUCCGACUUCAUCCGCCACGGGGCCUCAAUCAGCCUCAUCCACCUCGUCAUUGUCUACUUACGAUUCGCCAGAGAUUUCCACGUUGAAAGUGAGCAAGUUCCAGGACCAAGACGUACCCGCGACCAAUCGAAGUGGGACUUGCUCGAAUGCUUCCACGAUUUCGACCUUUGUUCCAAAGGAGGAAGAGACUCGGACCAAAAAUGGGAGUAUGUCAGAAUAUUAUUUGAAUACCAUGCACGCUCACGAUCGACGGGAACAGAGUGCUUUGGAACGCAAUGAGAGGAUACUUUCGCUAUUCGAUUUUAAGGAUCUUGUUUGAAUGACAUUAUGAACGAAAUAAAUGAGUAAGAGUUCCACAAAUACUGU